CCCCCCCCCUCAACCUUUACAGCCCCCAGCUUGCUUAAACUUACUUCUCUUGUUCUUCGUCCCCAGCACAGUCGUGCCAGCUAGCCCAACUCGCAGCAAGUGGGGAAGCGAGAGGCGACUCUCCCCUCGAUUCAAGAAUCAAGUGCAGCAAGUGCAGCAAGUGCAGCAAGAGACGUGAAGCAAGUGCAUCGCAGCAUUGUGGUGCGUUUCGAGCCCGCCACUUGGUGUUUGUGCCUUUGGUUUGUUGGUCGCUCGGUGGCGUGGGCGCGGCACACAUCGGGGCAGUUGCUGAGAGGACCGAGCGCUCCUCCCUUGUCCAUUCUACUACACCCCAACAACAAGAAGACAAGACAAAGAGACAGCAACCAGGCCACCAGGCCACCAGACCACGACUCCCCCGAGCGAACAGUCCCCCGCCACAUUUGGACAGCACGUUUUCCCGCGCGCCUGCAACUUCAUCCAUGUCUGCAGAGGACGAGUACGUGAGUGUGGCGGAGAUUAGCGUGACAGACGUGGACGAGGGCGAGUCGCACUCGGUCCCGCCAACUGAAUGUUUUCCAGAGAGAAGACAGGGCAGCCUUCGGCGGAAAACGAUGCCUGCACGGCGACGAGUAUCGUUUAUGAACGACACGGACAGUGACAGCGACGAUAGUCAAUUGUCUGACACGUUUCACCUAGACGACGGCCACAGACUCAACGAGCACACCGACACAGACGACAGCGUUUCUGCGCGCCGCCAGAGCAGUGUCGACUACAGCAUCGCCUCUUCCUGUCUCGAAAAGUCCUCAUCCCCGCUCGCAGAGACGAUUGCCAUUCUUCUGUCACUGCAAGAGGACCUCUUCCCUGGCCCGGCACGGCCACCUGUUGGGUGCGUCACACGGCGGCACCCGCCACAGGAUCGACUGCAGUGGUGUAUCGCCAACCUUGCCCAGCUGGCCGUCAAGGAAUACGCCGACUACGAGAUCCAACAGCUGGCGCACCGGCGCCUGGAGGAGAUGCAGCUGAACGAAGAAAUUGACGAGAACAUCAUCCGCUGGGUCGAGGGCGCCUACUCCUCCCACACCUCCUCCGUCUCCCGGACAAGCAAACCAGCGAAAUCCUCGGCACCGACUGCGCCGCUUCUGCAGCGCCGCAUGUCUGCAUCGCACCUGCGGUUAUCAUCGCUGAUGGAGGACAAGGGCGAGGUGGACUGGAUGUCCGAUCAGCCGCCGCUGCCACGCAGUUGCCCAGAUUCCCCAGAGACCCGACGCAAGGCAGCAAAGGCGCCGCCAUCGCCCAACGAUGGCAUCCUGUCACUGCUUGCGCGCUCGCACUCCUAUCAUGAGCUGGCGCAGCAGCGCAUGAAAGCGGACAAGUGGACAAAUGUACAGAACGACGAGGGGAACCGGACCGCAAAGCCGGCAGAAAUCGUGCGCAUGCGCAGCGCCCCUCUCCUCCGCACCCAAACUGAUGGGCUCCUGAAGCUCUCGCCAGAGUGCAAGGCGAUGCUGCGGGGUGGGCUUGGGGACUGGAGCUUUGACGUGUUCCACUUUGAUGUCAUAUCCGGGUAUCGCCCGCUCACGGUGAUGGCCGUCGCCAUUUGCCGCAAGCGCCGUCUCUUGAAGACCCUCAACGUCAAUCAGACGACGCUGUGUCGGUUCAUGUCGCGCAUCGAGGAUCGAUAUGGGCGCUUUCCGCACAUCCCAUAUCACAGCAACAUCCACGCAACAGAUGUGGCGCACAGCGUGCACAACAUGCUCAGCGCACCACGCCUUCAGGGCACGUUUACGGACCUGGAGCACUUUGCGGCCAUUGUCGCCGCUGCAUGUCACGAUGUUGAGCACCCUGGCGUGAACAACCAUUUCCUCAAGGCGACGUGGAGCCCGCUCGCCGUUCUCUACAACAACAAGUCUGUGCUUGAGAACCACCAUCUCGCCGUGACCUUCCAAGUGAUGAUGGAAGAAGAACACAACAUCCUCGCCCACAUGGAUGAAGCAAACAAGAUGUUGUUCAGGGAGCUGGUGAUUGAGAUGAUUCUCGGCACAGACACAAUGACAAAGCACUCUGCACACCUAUCAGCGCUGCACAGCAUUGCGGAGAAGCAGCGAAUUACGGGCGUUGCCACAGACGAGCCACUGCAGCUCGACGAUGAUGAGCGCAUGAAAGUGCUCAAGGCGCUCGUGCACUGCGCCGAUCUCGCCAAUCCGACAAAGCCCUGGGCCAUUGCCAAGUUGUGGUCUGAGCGGAUUGUGACGGAGUUCUUUGAGCAGGGUGAUCGUGAGCGCGAUUUGAAACUCGAGGUUGGCCCUGUCAAUGACAGACACAAAGUCAAACUUGCCGCGUCGCAGCUGGGGUUCAUUGACUUUCUCGCGCAGCCCAUGUGGGAGGCGUGGCAGGAUCUGAUUGGCGACCAGGACACCGUCUUCAUGCGGAACCUGGUGACGAACCGGUCCAAGUGGCAGCAGCUGAAGGACAAGGACGACGGCGUUCCUGAGCACGUGCGCUCGGAGCGGCGUCGCGUGUCGCGUCGUUGGAGUAGCAUCCGCUCCAUCCCGGCCGUCUCAAACGGCCUUCGUGUACUUCAGGCCGCACACACGCACACGCGGCGGUCGGCCGACCAGCACCGCCACGGCGGCAUCUCCCUCUCGCCGUUCACGUCGAGUCCGACACACAGCAACAGCAGCAGCAGCUCGCGACGCGUGCGCUCGAAAUCGCGAUCACGGCGAACGCCACCGCUCUCGCCAACCCCGAACAACGGACGCCGCGCUUAUGGCAGCGGUGACGGCGGUCGUGGCUGCGGUGGUCGGGAAGGUGGUGUUGGUGUUGGUGGUGGUGGUUAUGAUCGUGCCUCUGUUGGUGGUGGUGGCGGUGGUGGCGCCCGAAGAGAUGAUGUUGCUCGAGGACCAACCCCUGAAGUUAUGCGUGGCGGUGAUGGCAAUAGCAGUAGCCGUAGCAGCAUGGCAGAUGAUGUUGUGGUUGUGUGA